AUGGUCCUGGGCAUCGUUUCUGCUGGCAUAGGUGCGACAAAGACGCUCUUGAGCUUCUACGGCUCCCUGCUGCACUACUGGGUGCGCCGGGGUAGCUACGCGGACUGUCCCUUCUUCUCCGAUGACUUGCACGCCAAGACUUAUGUGUACUCGAUUGCACUGCUGAACCCUUUGUGGAGUCAGCCGCACUACCGCCACUCGAGCUUCUAUAAGGACUUGGUAACGAACCUGCGCAACGUCGCGAUACCGGGCACUGGCGUUCCUCUCUCGAUGCUGAGCUCCUCGCGUCUCAUUCUCUUCCCCUUCUUGCUUUUUGUGUACCCAUGGCUCUGUGCUGUUGGUGCAUUCUUUGAGCUUCCUAAAGAGUACUCGAACAAACAGGGCAACAUCAUUGAGCGCUUCUUGCGCACGUUUACGCAGAUCUUCGUCUGUCCUCAGAACUGGUUCGCCUUCUGGCGCGUGAACUGCCAUGUGGUGAGUCUCCAUAGCCUCAAGACACAGUCGCCCGGUUACCGUAUGGAAAACAAAUGGGACUUCCUUGUCGAGGCAGAGAAGAACGAGAUUGCUGUGACCCCGUACCUCAAAUCGCCCAGUUCGCUUGUCAUUAAGGAUCGCAACGAGGAGGGGGGUAUGGGUAUCUUCAUGUUCAAGAAUGCUGUCAAUGGAGGAGACUAUAUCAUCCAAGAGAAGCUGGACAACUCUCCAUUCCUGAAAAAGCUGCUACCGGACGUAUCGCCUCUGUCGACUUUCCGCAUCAUCACCGCGUCACGUCACGGCCUGGGAGAGGCGGAGGCGCUGAAGGACGGCGGCAAUGGUGUCAAGUCGCUCAGCUGCGUGUUUCGCGCUGGUCUAGCGGGUGCUGCCACGGACCACAAGUCCAUCAUGUUCGACGUCGACAUGGAGUCGGGCAAGAUCUUGAAGGGCUCCACCACCACCCAUUGGUACCGUGUAGGGCCUCACCACAUGUUUCGUGGCAACCUCAGUGUGGGGCACGACAUCACGAGCCACCCAGACACGGGCGUUCCGAUCACGGGCAACGUGAUUGAGGAGAUCAAGGAGAUGAAGCAGCUGGCAGAGAAAGCGCAUUACAAGCUGAUGAGAGACGUGCCGCUCUGUGGCUGGGACGUGGCCAUCACGGACUUGGGCGUGCUGCUACUGGAGGUUAACAUCUCGUGCAACUUUUUCCGCGGCACCUUCGACCAGCCGUGGUACUUCCAGUUCCUGGACGACUACUUCCGUCACCUUGAGAAGUUGCCGACUACUGUGGAGAAGAAGAUCGAGUAG